GGAGGUGAUUUCUCGACCGUGACCGCCACGGCAGUCUCUCCUUAUGCUGACAUGCAUGAAUCGACAAGCAGUCUCUAUGUUCCAACAGAACUCACACCACAACAACAAGGAAUCGAUCACCCCAUGCAAAUGUAUGGCUAUCUGUGGAAGCUUGACAAGAUUAAAGGGUGGAAGCGAAGGUUUUUCGCCCUCUACGGGGAGGGCGGAGUGUAUCAGAUGACGUACAGCGACGGCCCCAAGGAACGAGUCAAGGGAACCAUCUCCAACAUCACAAUGGGCGUGUCGACGGUGGCGGAAACCAACAAGUCCAUCAAGAAGCCAUUUUCUUUUGUUUUGCACGUGGAUCCUUUGCGGCACGGUGCUCCUGUGCUGUAUUUGGUAGGUUACGCUGGCAUCAACGACUUGCGGAAGUAA